UUUGUUUGCCAGGGCAAGUUGACCUGUAAAGAGGGGCACAGUGGCCCCACCUAUGAGUCUAUGCAAGAAGUUUUUGACAAGAAGUCAUUCAGGCCCGCUGUCAACCUCAGUAACCCCACCAUAACCAACAUCUCCUUCACCCUCUAUGCCGUGCUGGGCGUGAAUGAGAAGACUCAGAUCCUCACUACUUUUCUUUGGCUGAGAUUGUACUGGCACCAUGAGUUCAUGGUGUGGGAGCCUAAUGAGUGCGAUGGUGUGACCAGGAUUUCAAUCCCGGUGAAUCAGCUGUGGUCUCCAGACAUCAUCGUCUAUGAAUUUGUGGACGACGAUGUCUCCCAGGCCUGUCCGUACGUCUACCUCAACCACACGGGACACAUCCGCUGGGACCGCAUGCUGAGGCUGGUGUCCUCCUGCAACCUGGAGAUCUUCAGCUUCCCCUUCGACGUGCAGAACUGCACCUUCACCUUUGGCUCCUACAUGCACACCAUCAGGGACGUGAGGGUGAGUCCGGCCCUGACCUUUGAGGCCAUGUCCAUUAAUUCCAAGAACUACCUGGAGGCCAGUGGGGAGUGGGAGCUGGUGGUAAUCCUGGGGGAAACGUCCAUCCUCAAGUUCGGCAUUGAUGAGUGGGACAUCAUCACCUUCUGGGUGGUGAUCAAGAGGCGCCCGAACCUCUACGUGGUCAACCUGCUCAUUCCCAGCUCCUUCCUGAUGCUCAUCGACAUCCUGUCCUUCUACCUGCCCCCGCACAGCGUGGACCGCGCCUCCUUCAAGAUGACCCUCAUCCUGGGCUACACCGUCUUCCUGCUCAUCAUGAACGACCUGUUGCCCAGCACCGCCAACGGCACGCCCAUAAUAGGUAUCUACUUCUCGGUGUGUCUGGCCCUCAUGGUGAUCAGCCUGUUGGAGACGGUGAUCAUCACCAACGUGCUCCACCACAACUCCAUGAAGUACCGCGAGGUUCCCCGCUGGGUGCGAGUGCUGGUCCUCCAACACAUCGCCAACCUCAUCUGCUACCGCUGGCCGGAAGGGAUCCGCCCCUCCGCCUGGCCGUCCAAUCACAAAGCGGACAAGCCUGAGAGCGACGCAGGGGUCUGCGUGGUCCAAACGAUCACACCCUCACCCGCCCCGCCGCAAGCCAGCCGCGAUGCUGAGAGAGCAGGUUCCUCGGUGGCGAUGGAGGGACAGGAGCUCCGUCAGAUCUGCCAGGACGUGGGCACCCUGCGAGCCCACCUCACGGCCCUGCAGAAGGAGGGCGAGCUGCAGGACGUGUGGUGUCACGUGGGUUACGUGCUGGACUUCCUGCUCUUCCGCAUCUACCUGCUGCUGAUCAGCUUCUACGCUCUGGUCAUCAUCUACAUGUGGUGCAUCUGGGUCGCCCAGACGUGAGAGCGAGCGCGCACGGCUCAACGUGCACGUUCGGCAACGGGGGGGCGGGUCGGUCACAUGGAAUGGAGAAGGAUUGGGCAUUUCACAUGUUGUAAAAAAGGGGGAUUUCAGAGCUGUUAUGUUAAUUAUUGGAUUGAGUAGAGCUAUUCAACUUCACUCGAUAUGACUGUAGCUGUCUGGUUAUUUAUGGGAAUCUCUUGAAUCAUAAUGCAAUCGUAGAUGGUAACUUGACCGCAUUUAUAUCCGGCUUUUUGAAACCCGUGGCCACUUAAAGUGCUUCAAAACGAUUGCCUCACUUUUCACCAUUGCAUACACAUUCAUACAACCACGGUCAUAAAAGGCAACAGCCAUCUUUUCGGGAGCAGAUGGGGUUAGGUGCCAUGCUCAGGGACAGAGGUAUGUUUUGUUACAGUAAGCAUUACCUUCCUCAGAAGAAUAUACCAAGCAUCGUAUAACAGAGUACUGCGUUGAUGUUAUUUUGUGCAUAUGUACCGGUUCUAUGAUUAUUAUAACUGUUUUAUGCUCCCCAACACGGAUUAAAAGCUAUUCAAAGUGACUUGGAUUUUGGCAGUAAAUGUUGACUAAUUGGUCUGUCUAGACCAUAUUGUAUGUAUGAUUUUAAUUUUGGAAAUUUUUCAAAAAAUAGAUCCCACAACAUUAACAGUCAGGGCAGUCUUUAAUUCUCAACACUGUUACAGAACAAAAGCCAAAUGAACACGUUAUAAUCAAAAU